AUGUCAAAACAAAUUGUGAUCAUUGGUGCUGGUUUCGCUGGUCUAUGGAGCGCUCUUUCAGCAAAGCGCCUACUCAAGCACAGAAAUGAAGAGGACAAGAUCAAGGUCCUAGUCAUUGCCCCCGAGCCAUAUUUAGCGCGCAUCGUUCAUGUUCAGCCAUCGUCAAGCUCGAAACCAGUAACGCCCAUCGGCUACGAUCGCCUGAUCCUAGCAGCUGGUAGUUCAAUCAAUCGGCCCAAGACUGUUGCUGGGCUGCGUGAGUUCGCAUUUGACGUCGAUUCUCUCGACUCAGCAACUCAGCUCGAGGAACAUCUCAACGGUCUUGCAUCGCUCUCAGAAAGUCCCGCUCGCAACACAGUGGUGGUGUGUGGGGGUGGCUUUACCGGCAUCGAGCUUGCGGCCGAGUUGCCCAACCGUCUCCUUGGCCACAUCGCCAACUCUCGAGUCAUCCUCGUCGAGAGCGCAGAUGAGAUUGGACCCGAACUUGGCCCUGGGCCUCGGCCUGCCAUUACCCAAGCAAUGAAUGAACUUGGAAUACAAGUCAAGACGGGUGCGGCGGUAUCUUCCGUGAGCGCCAAAGGCGUAACGCUUACAUCCGGCGAGCACAUCGAGUCCAUGACCGCAAUCUGGACAGCAGGGGUGGUGGCAACGCCUCUGGCACAGCAGAUCAAUGGGCCGAAGGACUCAUUCGGACGGCUCCAUGUCGACCAAUACCUUCGCACCCCGUCAACUGAGCAUGUCUUCGCUACCGGCGACGCGGCCCGCGCUCUCGCAGACAGCGAAGGCCACUAUGCCCUGAUGUCAUGCCAGCACGCGCUCCAGCUUGGCCGCGUUUCGGGCCAUAACGCUGCCGCAGACCUCUUAGGUGAGCCGAUGUUGGAGUACUCGCAGGAAACAUAUGCCUGCUGUCUUGACCUUGGCCUGUCGGGUGCUGUGAUCGGGAGGGGAUGGGGGAGAGAGGUGGGCGUGACAGGUCAGCGCGCUAAGAGGGUUAAAGAGCAUAUCAACAGGAAUUUGAUAUAUCCUCCCAGUGACGCAUCACAAGCCCUGGACUUGGCAGAUCCUGUUGGGCCUGAUGCUGAUGAGCUACCACUGUUGGAGCACAUACUUGAGGUCGUCGGAUAGUUGGACUGGAGGCGUGUGAGGCUCAGCGCUUUUCAGAUGGAGUCGGUCGCCCUAUCAAAGUUCUGUUCAGGCUCUUUGGAGCUUCCGACCCGAGGAAGGUUUCCGGGUAAUACCCUAAGUAGGUAGGGGACUUUUUGUCGGCAUCGAGGUAUACUUCAGAGGUCGGGGCGUGAACUACUGUUGGAUGUUGGUAAUUGGAAUCUCCUCUUUCACAGACCCUCUCUAUUGAUUUCAAAUAAACCUUUCGUCUUCUCUCGA